AGUUAUAAUUCUUUCACCAAAUAAUUUCGUCAACAAACGUACCCUUUCUGGUUCCAACAAACUUUUCUCCACGACCCUUUAAAUUUUAAACGUCAUCGUUUGUUUACGUGAUCACGUGACCCCCAACCUUGGCGGGAACCCGUCAAAUGUCAUUAGCAAAAGUGGCGGUUCAAACCAUCCCAGGCCCAUUAAAGUGCCAUUAUCAACCCCCAUUUAGCAAACCAGUGGUAAACAUCAUUAAAACUCCUUCUAUAAACACGAGAAGCAAACAUUUCCACCAGUUCCAUUCAACUUUCGGGCACGCAGACACCCAACCCCAAAAUGACUGAAGAAGCCCCCAGGCGCUCCCGACGACUCCUCAAGAAGCAAACCACCACCCCAGCCGACUCGUUUUCAACAUCCAGAAGACACGUAAACAAACCCCCUUUGAUUAUUCUUUCGGAAAGCGACGACGACGAGGUUGUUUACUUAGGCCCGAAGCCCCCAUUGAUGGUCGACUUGACGGCAAGCCCCCUCGUGACGAAGCACGACAAGUCGCCCCUGAAGUCUCCUUUUAAGGAGCCCGCGCAGAGUAAGUCGCCUUUCAAGGAGCCCCCACGAACGCCGCAGAAGUCGAAGUCGAAGAGUGCGGACGAGCGGCUGGUGACUCCGCCUAAACAAAGAAAGAGCAACUCGGGUAAUAGUGAGAAUGUGCCGGCGACGCCGCCUACCACCCCGACUGUGUUACUCGAGCGGUUGUCUUUAGUGGGUUCUGAGGAGAAAAACCGGAGGAAGUUGUUUCAGGAGACGGAUUUGUAUGCGAGUGCGAGGAGGGCUUUGCAUAGCACGUGCCCCACGACGAUGCCGGGACGACAGAAGGAAUUGGGGGAGUUGAGGGAGUUUAUUUUGGGGAAUUUGGAUGAGGGUAAGUCCGGGACUCUUUAUAUUAGUGGACCCCCCGGGACUGGGAAGACGGCGUCCUUGAAUUUGAUUCUGGAAGAUGAGAGAGUGAGGAACGAGAUUAGGGAAGUUUAUGUUAAUUGCACGUCGAUUAAGUCGUCGGGGGCGAUUUUUGCCAGGAUUGCGAAGGAUUUAGGGGUGAAAGUGAAUAGCAAGAGUGAGAAAGAUUGUGUUGGGGCUAUUGAAAAGUAUUUUCAGAAGAGUCAGAAAACAACGUUACUAGUUCUGGACGAAAUCGACCAACUCGAAAGUAAAAAACAGUCCGUUUUGUACACCAUCUUCGAGUGGCCCGCUACCCCCAACUCCAAACUCAUCCUCGUCGGCAUCGCCAACGCUCUCGACCUCACCGACCGCAUCCUCCCUCGACUCCAAGCCCGCUGCGAGCUCAAACCCCAACUCAUGCACUUCGCCCCCUACACCAAACAACAAAUCGUGGAGAUCUUCACCGACAGGCUGCGGAGCGCCGGCGUCCUGGACAUCUUCUCCCCCAUAGCUUUGCAGAUGCUCGCCGGUAAGGUGGCCGCCGUCUCCGGAGACGUGCGCCGAGCCCUCGACAUCGGCCGCCGAGUCGUGGAAAUGAUCGACAAACGCAAAAAAAGCAGCGACAAUGUACUAAAGUCCGUGGAGAACCUCGCCGAGGAGCUGGACGACGAGGCCAACACCGAGAAGAUCGACACCGUCGACCUGAAGCAGGUCGUCAGUGUGCUGAAUAACGUGUACGGGACGACGCAGAGCUUCGACGAUGAGGCCGACGACGCGUUUCCUCUGCAGCAGAAGAUCGUGGUUUGUUGCUUGUUGUUGAUUUUGAAGAAGGCGAAGAAUAAGGACGUGACGGUGGGGCGGCUGCACGAUGUGUAUAGGAGGGUGUGCGGGAAGAGGAACAUUCAGGUGGUGGACCAAGGGGAGUUCGUGGGGGUGUGUGCGUUGAUCGAGACGAGGGGGAUUGUGAAGAUUAUUAGGAAGAAGGAUCCGAGGAUGAACAAGGUGGGGUUGGUGUGGGACGAGGAGGAGGUGGCGGGGGCUUUGAGGGACAAGCAGCUGAUGUCGACGAUUUUGGAGGACGAGGGGUGUUUGGGGAAGUUGUGAGGACGAGGAUUCUUGGAUUAGUUUUAUUAAUUGCGACGUUUUUGGGGGCUUACUUUGUUCGUUUGUUAGUUUUGGAAUAAAAUUGAUGUAAGCCGCCACAUGUUAUUGUAUUUGAGAUUAACAAAAAUUACUGUUCAUGAAUUGUAUUUUUUUUUUUUUAAGUAAAUUGUUCAUGCAAGAAAUGCUCCAACUUUUCGUUGUCCAUAUUUUGUGAUUUUUAAUUUU